ACGCCUUUCCAGGGCGCACUCCGCGGAACGCAGUCGGGACCAGAGCAUCACCGAGCCGAGAAGAAGACACCCCAGGCAUGACGUCCUUCAAAGCAGGCUCGCAGUCCUCCUACGGGAGGAUGUUCGGCGGGGAGAGAGUCGCGUCCAGGACGACCUUCCCCGGCCGCCAGUCCUCCUCCGCCCCGGUGCGCUCCUCCAGGGUCUCCUACGGGCUCUCCUCCGCCGCGACCGUCUACGCGUCGAAGACCCAGAGGCUCCGCAGCAGCGCGGCCGUGCGCCGGCUGUCCUCCGAGAACCUGGACUUCUCCCUGUCCGAGGCCGUCAACAGCGAGUUCAUGACGAACCGCACCAACGAGAAGGCGCAGAUGCAGUCGCUCAACGACCGCUUCGCCAACUACAUCGACAAGGUGCGCUUCCUGGAGCAGCAGAACAAGAUCCUGCUGGCGGAGCUGGAGCUGCUGCGGGGCAAAGGCACGUCCCGGGUCGGAGACCUGUACGAGGACGAGAUGCGGGAGCUCCGGCGUCAGGUGGACCAGCUCACCAACGAGAAGGCCCGGGUGGAGGUCUACCGGGAUAACCUGGCAGAAGAUAUCGACCGGCUGAGAGAGAAGCUGCAGGAUGAGAUGUGCCAGCGAGAGGAGGCCGAGGGCACCAUGCAGAAUUUCAGACAGGACGUGGACAAUGCUGCCCUCGCCAGACUGGACCUGGAACGGAAGGUUGAGUCCCUGCAGGACGAAAUCAACUUCCUCAAGAAGCUGCACGAUGAGGAAAUGCUGGAGCUGCAGGUCCAGAUCCAGCAGCAGCAGCACGUGCACGUGGACUUGGAGAUGGCUAAACCUGACCUGACAGCUGCCCUGAGAGACGUCCGUCUGCAGUAUGAGAACCUGGCCUCCAAGAACAUCCAAGAGUCUGAUGAAUGGUACAAAUCCAAGUUUGCUGACCUCACCGAAGCUGCAGCCAGGCAUAAUGAGGCGUUGAGAUUUGCCAAGCAAGAGGCCAAUGACUACAGACGCCAAGUUCAGUCCCUCACUUGUGAGGUGGAUGCCCUUAAAGGAACUAAUGAGUCCAUGGAGCGUCAGAUGAGGGAGAUGGAGGAGAACUUUUCCCUGGAGACGGGCGGUUACCAGGACAACAUCGGCCGCCUGGAGGAAGACAUUCACAACAUGAAGGACGAGAUGGCUCGUCACCUGCGGGAGUACCAGGACCUCCUCAACGUCAAGAUGGCCCUGGACAUUGAGAUCGCCACCUACAGGAAGCUGCUGGAAGGAGAGGAGAACAGAAUCACCACCCCGUUGCCAAACUUCUCAUCUCUGAACGUGAGAGAAACAAUGGUUGAUCUCAAAAACCACGUUGAAGCUCCAAAAACUAAGAAGGUUGUAAUCAGGACCAUUGAGACCAGGGACGGUCAGGUGAUCAACGAGUCAACCCAGAACCACGAUGACAUGGAGUAACACCAUCUUUGUCUUUGCGAAACAGUCAACAAAAGCAAAACGAAGGAACAUAUUUCCCCAGGGCUACAAGCAAGCCGACAACACAAAAAGCAGACCGCUUAAAAAAAAGUGCCUUUUACAUGUGAUGAACCAGUCAGACUGUUUUUUUUUUCCUUCCUCCUCUGCUAAAAGUAUUAUCGUUUGUUACAUUCAUUUAGACACAGUAAUGAAAUCACCACCACAUAGAAGUCCUUAUCGAGGUCUACAAAAAUCUUUAUUUGUAACCAUAGUAGUGUUUUUGGAUCCAUACAGCAUGCACACUGUGAGAAAUCCGAAUGCUAAAGAUGUCACAAUUGCCUGUGAGCAGCAAUAAACCAGAAAGACUGUAAACACUUCUGUGCAUUAGGUGCCAUACUAGGUGCGGGAAUUUGCUGUUAUUGCUGGUGAUACGUUUAUGGUAAUAAAGUAGUAACAGAAUGCCUUGUGUGAAUCAA